GUUUGGUUCAUCAAAAGUUCUCACUUCUGCUAUCUACUUUCCACAGCAAUGGAGGUUCUCGGUCUUCCAGUUUCACCUCUCAUCUCAACGCCCUUUAGUUACAACCACAAUUCACAUUGCAAUAACCACCGAUUGGGCAAAACCCAAUGUUUCACCUCUUCAUCGUUGAUCUACAAACCCUUUCAUCAAAUUCAAUACAAAUCCGGUUACAGGGGGAUCAUAAGAGCGCAAGCGGUGGAUGAAGAUUACGAGUUAAAGCAAGUGAAAGAUAUGGCUGCAGCUAGGAAGAGAUGGGAAUCGUUGGUGAGAGAGGGAAAAGUGAGCGUUCUUACACCGAGAGAAGCUGGAUAUGCAAUUCAACUUUCGGGCAAAACCUUGCUUGACGUUCGUCCAUCGAUGGAGCAUGAAAAGGCGUGGGUUAAAGGGUCGACUUGGGUCCCAAUCUUUGAUGUCGAUACUACGAUUGAUGCCGGAACUCUUUCAAGAAAGGUCACAAGUUACAUGAUGGGCGGCUGGUGGAGUGGUGUGCCUACGUUAUCUUACAAUAACCAAUUCAUACCGAAAGUUACCGAGAAAUUCCCGAAAGAUACAGACCUUAUCGUUGCAUGCCAAAAGGGAUUACGAUCGCUAGCCGCUUGUGAGCUACUAUACAAUGCUGGUUAUAGAAACCUUUUCUGGGUUCAAGGAGGUCUAGAGGCUGCGGAAGAAGAGGAUCUCGAAAGGGGAGGUCCUCAGCCGUUUAAGUUUGCCGGAAUUGGUGGGCUUUCAGAGUUCCUCGGUUGGACCGACCAACAAAGAGCUCAAGCCGCAAAGGAGGGUUGGGGUUACCGACUAGUCUUUUCUGCUCGAUUGAUUGGGGUCGUUCUUGCUGCCGAUGCGUUGUUUAUCGGGGUUCAACAAGUCGCUCGUUAUCUUCAAGAUCUAAGAGCUAACUAAAGAUCCGUUUUAAUGAGGUGAUUAUACUGCUAUCGCCUCACUAAAUUUUGUCUAUUUACGGUAACGACUAGUAGAGGUUUUUGUAUAAUUUAGUGUAGGAAACAAUCGGAUUCUUACGAGUUUUUUGUUAUUCGAUUGCUUGAUGAAUUCGU